AUGUACCUCGUGUGCCCCGUUGCUCUCGUCACGGCGGCGCUCACCUUCAAGUCUGCCGACGCGCACGGGUACAUCUCCAACUCUGCCGCCCAGUUCGUCGACCCCGACAAAUCGACGUUUUACGUCAAGACCAUGACAGCCAACGUGAACCGCGCCUUUGGUGGCCUCCGGUGGGACGACAGCCCGGAGGCCAACGCAGCCACCUUCACCUCGUCCUUCGCCAAGGCCGGCUACUCGUCGCUCCGGGACAUGCUCGACCAGCAGGUGACGGACUGCGCCAACACGCGCACUGACGUUUCGCCCGUAGACGUGUCCGAUCUCACAGCAAUGACCUGGCAGAAUAACCCGGGUGUGAUCACGCACCGGGGCCCGUGCGAGGUCUGGAUCGAUGAAAUCAUGAUGAACCACCGGGACAACUGCCUCGCCGGGAACGUCGCCGUGUACUCUAUGGAGAUAAGCACCGACUUCUCCAAGUGCUCGGACAAAUGCACGCUACGCUUCUACUGGCUGGCGCUGUACGAACCCAACUGGCAGAUCGUGCGUAUUGAUCGUGAACAAUGCUGGGGCCGGUCAACGAGCUCGCACUGA